AUGGCAGGCCGCAAAUUCUUCGUCGGGGGGAACUUCAAGAUGAACGGGUCCAUCAAGAUGAUCAAGGAGAUCAUUGAGCAGAUCAACAAUGCCAAGCUCGACGACAAUACCGAGGUCAUUGUUGCCCCGCCCGCACUCUACCUCCUCAAGGUCCAAGAAACCCUCUCUGCCCCCGCCCAAGUAUCCGCCCAAAACUGCUUCACCGAGACGUCCGGCGCGUACACUGGCGAGAUCUCCCCGUCCCAGCUCAAGGACGCCGAUGUCCACUGGGUCAUCCUCGGCCACUCGGAGCGUCGUGCCCUGUUUGGCGAGGCGGACAAGGUCGUCGCGGACAAGGUGCGCGCGGCGAUCAAGGCGGGGUUGGGCGUGAUUGCGUGCGUUGGGGAGAAGUUGGAGGAGAGGGAGAAUGGGACGACCGAGGAGGUCGUGCAGAGGCAGUUGGAGGCUAUUGCUAAGGAGAUUGACGAGGACAAGUGGAAGGACGUUGUCAUCGCUUACGAGCCCGUCUGGGCUAUCGGGACCGGCAAAGUCGCGACCGUCGAGCAAGCCCAAGAAACCCACGCAGGUAUCCGCAAGUGGCUCGCCAAGACCAUUUCGGACAAGGUCGCACAGGAGACCAGGAUCAUCUACGGUGGCAGUGUCAACGGCAAGAACUGCCGCGAACUCGCCAAGUCCGAGGAUAUUGACGGGUUCCUCGUGGGCGGCGCGUCGCUCAAGCCCGAGUUCAUCGAUAUCUGCAAGAGCGGUUCCGCCUGA